CCCCCUCCCCCCCCCCCGCCCCCUCCCGGUUUCUUUUCCGCGGCGCCCCGCCCCUCGCGGUGAGGAGCGGCCUUCCCGGCGAUCACCACGGGGCAGACCACCAUGGGAUGCCGGCAGAGCUCAGAGGAGAAGGAGGCGGCGCGGCGCUCCCGGCGCAUCGACCGCCACCUGCGCUCGGAGAGCCAGCGUCAGCGGCGCGAGAUCAAGCUCCUUCUCCUCGGCACCAGCAACUCGGGGAAGAGCACCAUCGUCAAGCAGAUGAAGAUCAUCCACAGCGGCGGCUUCAACCUGGACGCCUGCAAGGAGUACAAGCCCCUCAUCCUCUACAACGCCAUCGACUCCCUCACGCGCAUCAUCCGUGCCCUCGCCACCCUCAAGAUCGACUUCCACGACGCCGACCGCGCCUAUGACGCCGUGCAGCUGUUCGCCCUGACGGGGCCGGCCGAGAGCAAGGGGGAGAUCACGGCCGAGCUGCAGGGGGUGAUGAAGCGUCUGUGGGGCGACUCGGGCGUGCAGGACUGCUUCCAGCGCUCCAACGAGUACCACCUUGAGGACAACACGGCGUACUACCUGAACGACCUGGACCGCAUCUCCUCCGGGGAGUUCAUCCCCACCGUGGAGGACAUCCUGCGCUCCAGGGACAUGACCACCGGCAUCGUGGAGAACAAGUUCACCUUCAAGGAGCUCACCUUCAAGAUGGUGGACGUGGGGGGCCAGCGUUCCGAGCGCAAGAAGUGGAUCCACUGCUUCGAGGGUGUGACGGCCAUCAUUUUCUGUGUGGAGCUAAGCGGCUACGACCUGAAGCUCUACGAAGAUAACCAGACAAGUCGCAUGGCAGAGAGCCUGCGUCUCUUCGACUCCAUCUGCAACAACAACUGGUUCACCAACACGUCGCUCAUCCUCUUCCUCAACAAAAAGGACCUGCUGGCGGAGAAGAUCAAGCGCAUCCCUCUGACGGUCUGCUUUGCCGACUACAAAGGCCAGAACACCUACGAGGAGGCGGCCGUUUACGUGCAGCGGCAGUUCGAGGACCUGAACCGCAACAAGGAGACCAAGGAGAUCUACUCCCACUUUACCUGCGCCACCGACACCAGCAACAUCCAGUUUGUGUUCGACGCCGUCACGGACGUGAUCAUCCAGAACAAUCUCAAGUACAUUGGGCUGUGCUAAGGUCAGGGACGAGGGGCACAAGGGGCACAGGGCGAGGUACGGGGCGUGGGAUUUUGAUGGCCGCAUCAGCAGCAGUUGGCCCACCACUUGGCUGGCAAAACUAAAGGCCUAUUUGCCCGACUGCCUGUCUGCCUGCUGCCCUGCCUGUCUGUCUGUCUCUUGGGACAAGUGCAGCAGAGGACUGUGAGGAGAGCCAGUGGAUGAAUUAGUCAGGGACGAUCUCUGUGCUCGACGGUUUGGUUCUGAAAUAAGAGUUGGGAGCGCUAUGCUCAAUGUGUGAGUUUACCCAUGGUUGGCAUCAAUGUGUUUGCACUGAAUAUAUGAGUAUGUAGGGACACACACACACACACAAACACAUGUACACACAUCCCUAUGUUUGCUCACACACAAAGACUUGGGAUCAACUGUCAAGCACUUGUUUGACGUGGAAACACUGGAAACAAAAGACAUUCACCCCACCUUCUGCUUGUCAAAACCUAGGGUCGGUCUUCAUUGGCAAUUCAAUUAUUUCUUUUUUGUCUUCUUCAGUUGAUUUAAUUUGUCUGAUUCCAUUAAUGCUGCUUUUAAAGAAAAAAAAAUCACAAAAAAAAAAAUACAAUUUAAAAAAAUAUACAGGAGAAAAAAAAGAAAGAAAAAAAAAAGAUGAUCAAUACAUUCUUUAGGAUUUCUUCCUGUCAGGAGAAGGAUGGCUGAUCCACAGGGACACACACAGUCCUGGGGUGACCCUCAGGGACAUGAUGUCACAGGGUUUCAGUUCAAAUGAGAAAAAUAACUGCCACAGUCUACAGUUGAAGAGAAUGGUUUUCUACACAACAUACACUGCAUCUCAUCGGUUGGCCUGAAUUGCUCUUUAAAAGGUAGUCUUGUUUUAUCUCGUUUAUUUCUCUUUUCUUUGUUUUUGUGUUUUAAAAUGAUUACGUAUGUCCAACCUGCCUUUUAGAGCAGGCCUCUGAUUAACCAGGCUAGUGUUACACUCAGUCCAUAGUGUUCUCUUAGAUCAUUCCAGUUUCCAGCAAAAGAGACAUCAAAAAGAGUGCCAAUUCCAAUGUAAAUAAAAAACAAAUCCCAUCAAUAAUGUUCCAUUUUUGUUUUUUUAUUGACAAAAACAUGCAUGGUUUUGUUACUUUGGGAUAUUGAUAUAUUUUUUUUUCAAUUAGUUUUCUGUUAAACUGUUUUCUGUUUAACUAAUAUAUUCCCAAAAAUAUAUGGAAGUCAAACACUGUGUACGAUUGUACAUCUGUUGUCUAAGAGGAAUUUAUUGAAAAGAGUUAUAUUAUAAUGAUGACGGUUGUGGUGAUGGGGAUGAUGAUAAUGAAAAGCUCAUUACAAAUCCAGCAUGAAAAGAUUUUGUGGGUCGAGGGAGGAUUAAAGGAAAAUAGAUUGCAAAAAAUAUAUGAAUGAGAAAAAAAACAACAUUUCAGUUUCAGUACUCCUUGCUUUAUCUAA